GACAGUCCAACCUUGAACGUGAAAGCGCACGCCAUUCCGCGCGGGAUUUAAAAAAGGAAAAAAAAACGCGCGGCAAUUUUGACAUUUGGCAUUUGACAUGGCGCACGAAAAAGUUUUUAUAUUCCUUUUAAUUUUCGGUACGGUGCACAGUGGUAUUAUAGAUACGUCGUAUGAAUAUGUUAUGAAUUUAGGUAAAAAUUUAGCGCCUAGUUUCAUGUCGAUUCUGGACUGUUUUGGUGAAAAAGAUGCGUGGGUGUGUGCGAAGGAAAAAGCGGGAAUUAUUUUCGACGGCUGGGACAAGGAAGUUGAUAAACAGAGGAGAAUGUGGCGAGAGGAAGCAGAUGCCGAAGUUCAAUCGUCUGGUCGUUCGUUGGAAGAGAUGCCGUCGGUUCUUGGGAAAGAGAUAGAAGAGUCUCUUACGUCUCUCUCUCGCUUGGUAGAGAGUGGUGUUGCUAGAGCCCUUACUGCCCAAAGCGAUAGCGAAAAAACAGGAACUAAAGAAAACGAUCAAAAUACAGAAACAGGGGAAGACAAAGGAGUCACACAGGAAGCUAGAGGAGUCCUAGGGGAUAUGUGGAAGAUGGGAGAAUCAGCUAUAGAUGCUGUGGCUGAUCAUGUCUUGGAGAAGGAAAAUGUAGAAAAUGGCCUCGCUGAUAGGAGUAGUAUAGCAGAGCAAAGAGGUAAGAAAAAGAAGAAGAAGAAGGCCAUACUUAAAUUGUUGCUUCUGGGAGCUGUGCUUAAAGCAAAAAUCGGGACUUUACUGCAAAUCCUGUCUUUUAAGUUACAAGUAAAAUUCUUCAUAAUAGCGCUCAUCGGUCUUGGUAUCAACUUAGCCCGAUUUUUGAUUGAACUGAAACAUAAACAUCAACAACCACAAAAGGUAAUUUACUACGAACACGCUCAACACCAACACCACUAUGAACACGAAGAGGAACCCGCGGGCUGGGGACCGUGGUCCAGAAGUAUUAUACCUGAAGAUAAAGAAGAAAUCGACUCCGAAGUAUCUCCCUACAGAGCGCAAGAAAGAACACAAAUGUAUCCUACAAAGCCAUUAUUAACAUUAUCUUAAAUAAAUAAUAAUAAAUAGUCAAAUAAAUAUAAAAAUAAAAUUAAUUUAUAAUAAACAAAAUCUGUUUUUGAUAUUACUAUGGACAGACUAACGAAAUAUGUCGAAAAAAAUGCAUUGUUAAGUUUCUUAUUUUGACAGGAAUUUACAAUUUUUUUUUAUUUUGCUAUUGUAUAAAAGCAAUUUUAUUUAUUAAAAACAUUUUAAUUUGAUAUUAAA